GCCCGUCCGGUCAGCUGGUUCCGUCUAAUCGUGUUGGAGAGAGCUUCCUGAUGGUAAGCCGAACGUGAACCAUCUGAUAAAACCCGGGCAAUCAAUCCUCGAUCGUCAAGGAUCGAAGAGAGUUAAAACGGCGGCCCGCGCGCCGCAUGUGCGCGUGUGCAAGCAGCUUCUCCGCCGGAAACACCAACGACACACGGUGCGAGGUACCAACUAAAACCGAACCGAUAAGGAGCAAACGUUGGCGGAGGCGAACGAAACGUAGAGAAGAAGAGACAUAGAGACGGGGACAGUGUACACUUGGUCAGACAGGAAAUGACUGUAUCGUACGCGAGCGAAGUGCCAAACGGCUCGAGCUUCGGCUGUUUCUGGAGGAUCUUGGUCAAAUGGAGGGGCUCCGUUUACAAGCUAAUCUGGCGGGAACUACUGGCCUACCUGUUCGUCUACUACCUCAUCAAUUUAACGUAUCGUUAUGCGCUGAACGAGCACCAGCGGGUAAUCUUCGAAAAGAUCAGAUACUACUUCGGGAACUCGAGCGAAUCGAUACCGAUGUCGUUCGUGCUUGGCUUCUACGUGAGCCUGGUGGUGAAACGAUGGUGGGAGCAGUACAAAUUAUUACCCUGGCCCGACAACCUGGCCCUCUUCAUCAGCGCUGCAAUUCCUGGUAACGACGAGAGAGGCAGACUGAUGAGGAGAAACAUCGUGAGAUAUGCAGUGCUCGCCUAUGUCAUCACGCUGCAGAGGAUCUCGUUGCGAGUUAAAAGACGAUUUCCAACGCUUCAACACAUCGUAGAUGUUGGUCUAAUGAUGGAAUCGGAGAAGAAGAUCUUCGAGAUGAUGAACAAGAAGGCGGCCAUGUCGAAGUAUUGGAUGCCGUUGGUAUGGGCGACCAAUAUUAUAAACAGAGCCAGGAGAGAAGCCUUGAUAACCAGCGACCAAGUAGUGCAAACCCUCCUUGUCGAGCUGAGCGACAUCCGGAAGAGGCUUGGCGCGCUCAUUGGUUACGACACCGUUUGCGUUCCUCUCGUUUACACUCAGGUAGUUACGCUAUCGUUGUACGCGUACUUCUUUUCCGCCCUGCUCGGCAGACAAUUCAUCGAGCGCACAGACGUCGGUGGUGGAAAAUACGAGGAACCGGACAUGUAUUUCCCGUUUUUCACGGCUCUACAGUUCUGUUUCUACGUGGGAUGGUUAAAAGUCGCCGAGGUGUUGAUCAAUCCUUUCGGAGAGGACGACGACGACAUCGAGCUGAACUGGUUGAUAGAUCGUCACAUCAAGGCAGGCUACAUGAUCGUGGACGAAAUGCACGAGGAGCAUCCCGAGCUGUUGAAGGAUCAGUACUGGGACGAGGUCGUGCCGAAAGAUUUACCGUACACGGUGGCCAGCGAGCAGUACAGGCGAGAGGAGCCGAAAGGAUCCGCCGAGCAUUAUAAGGUCAAAGACAGCGACGCUUUGUACGCGAACGUCAUGCUCGGCACACAGAUACACAACCACGUACAGCAUCGCAAGACCCAUCAGGAUGACAUGUACGCCGAUUACGAAAGUGUGGAUACUCCAUUGGUGGAGCGGAGGAAAAAUUGGCUUCAACGACAGAUCACCAGAAUGGGCUCGGUUCGUAGCUCAUCGACUACUUACAGCAGCGGAGGUGGUUUCUUCUCCAGGAAUCGACACAACAGCGUUUACAGCAGUCCCGAAACCGGCGGGCUACCGCAGACGAAUAAUCCUAAUUUGAAGAUGUCGCUCUACGAUAGAUUAGUCGGGAGGAAGAGUAUUCGAAGUCAAAGAAUGGGUCGACAAGCCACCAUGACGAAGCUGAACUCGGUGCCAGUUUCUCUGAAGAAUCGACCCCGCAUACCGACGCCGGACGUGACGAAAGAGGUGGUCGACCGUGAACAGAGACUCGCUCUAUCCGCGACGAACGCGGCCAACAUCGGCGCAGGUGUCGUCGGUGUGAUACCAGCGAACGGACAUUAUCCAACGGACCUACCCGUGGUGCAGGUCGUGCUUUCACCUAUUCAAGAGACAGAAGGCACUCCUGCGCAAGGAAAAUCCGGCGCGGCAGCCUUGGCGCAGGCUGUACUGUCGCCAACUUUAACCAGCGCUGGUUUAGUCGCUCCUGUCACCCUGACACCGGUCACCAUGAGUCAGUUGACGCAAUUAGGCCUGGUGACGACAACCUCGGCCUCCAUGAUCAAGCCACCGAACCACAUCAACGGUGUACAAGCUACGUUAACCGAGGUGAACAGCAGCGAGGAGGAAGGUUCUGGUAGUGGAAGCAGCAGGAGCGGCAGUAUCGCGGGACAGGAAGAACGUUCCACACCUUUGAUCAGUCAAGACAGAAGCACACCUCUUAUCGGGGAGAACGCUAGUACUUUGGGUAGCAACGGUAGCUCGCCGAUUUUCGAUAGUUACAGCGAUCGUUCUCCAAUCCUGAUGAAUCCUGAGAAAUUAGGUUACGUAGUCACUACCGUACCUACUAUGCAGGAUAACAAGACGGGAACAGAUCCACGUGGCAGAAGAUCAGCUUCUCUACCUGGACCACCUGUUGCACAGUGCAGAGAAGACAGGAGUAUGUCUCUCCCUCAAUCACCGGGUCUUCAACCGAGGGAGAAUCGUGCUGCUUCGGUGUCACACGGUCACGAACCACCUAACAUAGACAGGCUAAUGGUACACGCCAACAGGGACCUUAGACCAAGGACCAACAGUAUAGGCCACGAUCUCUGUAGACCUAAUCAUCGUAUGCAGGAUAACUCGAGGAAGAUCAGCAGCGUUUCUUGUACCAACGCCUCGUUGUCUAGCGGAUUAGGUACUACUACACCUGCUGCUUCUAACAUAAUGCCAACAACAGCACCGGGAGCGGGCAGCAAGAGAGGAGAGGUGUACGUUUGACGCGUGAACCUAUAGACAUUGUCGUAAAAUUCACAUGGACGAGUCUGUCGCACUUGCCUGAAAUCCAAAUUCCGUCCAUUAUUGUGCGAUCAUCUGGGUCGGUGCGUAGCUUUCGUACUGCGCGGUGAGAGUUAGGAAGUAAUUUUCGCGCGAACC